UCAAUGUUUUCGCCAUGUAUAUAUGGGGCACAAGACACAUACAGUGCAAGGAUACAGUUUUUGCGGAUUUGGAAUACAAACAAUGAUCCCUCCAUUAUAGGAAGAUUUUACUUAGACUAUCUGUWUGAAAGCAGAGUGUUGCCACAACAUAUCCGCAUAGACAAGGGAACAGAAACUGGCAUCAUGGCCACUAUGCACUGUUUUCUCCGUAAUAAGCAUGGAGAUCUGGAAGAUGCAACUGAUAGCGUUCUUUAUGGUCCUUCCACACAAAACAAAAUAGAAAGGUGGUGGAGGGAACUAUUGGAAAGAAUGGAGAAAUUCUUCAAGAAGCAACUAUCCUCAUUGGUAGAAGAUGGAGAUUAUGACCCAUGUAAUGAAACAGARCGAAUGUUGCUUGCUUUCAUCUACAUACCUGUCAUACAGAAGGAGCUUGAUGUCUUUCGUACUUCUGUAUGGAACGCUCAUCGAAUUCGAAAGCAAAAGAAAAAGGAACUCCCUACUGGAGUUCCAGAUCAUAUCUACCAUUGCCCAGAGGAGUAUGGUUCUGAAAAAUGUGGCCUUACAGUUACAGCAGAUAAUCUGGAAGAAGUGGCGGAGGUGUCAAAUGUACUCACUGGCACUGAUGACUACUUAGAGAGUGCUUUUCGUGUGGAGUGUGAAAGGCACAUUCCAAACACAGAAGAUAUUGAGCCUUCUCAAGCAUAUAAUGCUUACAUCUAUCUGAAAUCUCACUUUGAUGUAAACAGAGUAUGA